AUGGAAGGGCAGUCCCGUCUCACCCAAGGGUCUGCUAAAAAGCCCAAAUCUGAACAUGACUCAACUUCAUACCGCUUAACAAAGUGCGUGACCUUGAAAUAUAACACCUCCAAAGCUAUCAGCGCCGGGGUGGCGGGAGCGAAAUCCGUGCACGACCCCCGCGAGAGCAGUUUGAGCAGCUCGAGCAACUUUCCGGGGCUAGUGAGUCCCUUCCUCUUCGUGCCAAUAAAAUACUGGAUCGAGCUGGAAGAGCCGGAUAAGCUCCUCAAGGUUUCCAAUUCCCCGCGAGAAAUGCCCACUUGGCAGAUGCCAGCGACAGAGCAUACUCGAUGUGGCAUGUCAAACUUGAUGGGUGACCCUUUUUCUGACCAGAAAACCCACAGCGUCAGGAGUUCCUAUAUGCCUGUUUUCCUGGUAGCUCAAGUAACGUCACCUUAUUAUCGAUACUUCACUUCUGCGGGACGAAGUACCAAGGAAGACUGGGUCCUAUUGGAUCGACUGUUCCUGGAGGAAAGUGCACGACUGGAAAGUGCCAGGGCUCUUCUCCAGAAGAACGCCAACGACAUCGAGUCAGCACUUGCUAAUUACACCGCCUCAAUGAGUAAAUGGCGUUCUGAAAAGCGUCAUUGGGAGGUGCAAACCAUUUACGAUGAGAUUGAAGCUGAUAAUAUCAUCAUUUUUCGACACAGGAUUACAAAGAAAGAUCUCGAAGACCUUGACAAAUGGCUUGAGGUUGAAGAGCGAAAAGAGAGUGAGGGGCAAUAUGACGCUUGGUACUGCGGAGUCCUGCGUCUAGGCCAUGGCAAUAUUUUCCCCAAUGCACACUUGUUGCGCUCCAUUCCAAUCAAGCAGAUAGCUGACCAGCGCCUUGCAAACCUGCGGGUAGCCAUAGGUUCUCUUGGAAAGCUAAUAGAUGAGUUCAAAUCCAAGCCCACGACUUGCUCACCCUCUGGCCCAUCACCAACUCCCAAGCCCCUCAUCGACCUGCCUGAUUACAGUUCCGAGGAUGACGAAAGGAUCGCACUUGAUAAGCAACAUGUUGCAAAUCUCACCGUCUGGGCCUAUGAACGCCAUCUCCAUUGGAUCCCACGGGACUCGGAGGCGAAGAAGAAAUACAAGUUCAAGACCGAAGACGACGUGUACAAGUUUUUCCAAAUCAAGAAGCUGACCUGUGCUGACUCGAUCGGCUCCGUCGGCAACAAUGGCCUGUUUCGGGAGCAUAUUCAAAUUCCCCAGGACCUGGCUCGAUGUCCAUGGGGUGUACCUUUUCAUACACUAGAUAAAACCAUUUCUAACCCCGUUCAUCGCAUGGGGCUGUACUCUGAGGCCGGUCGAACUCUUCUGCGAGACAUGGAAGUCGAAUAUUUUAAGUUUUACGAUCCGUACACUCCUGAGAAAAGUUCACAGAACUGGCUUAUUCCGGAAGAUCUGGCAGACAGAAUGUGUAGGUUUAUUGAUUGGGUUAACGAAGGGAAAUCUGUGGAUUGA